AUGCGCCUCUCCAAAACCCUCGUCGACAUGGACAUGGCUGACUACAGUGCCGCGCUGGACCCAGCCUACACCACCCUCGAGUUCGAGAAUGUGCAGGUGUUGACGAUGGGCAAUGACACAUCCCCAUCAGAAGGUGCCAACCUCAACGCACCCAACAGCCUGGGUGUCAGCGCUCUGUGUGCCAUCUGUGGGGACCGGGCCACUGGGAAACACUACGGUGCCUCGAGCUGUGACGGUUGCAAGGGCUUCUUCCGGAGGAGCGUGAGAAAGAACCACAUGUACUCCUGCAGGUUUAGUCGGCAGUGUGUGGUGGACAAAGACAAGAGGAACCAGUGCCGCUACUGCAGGCUCAAGAAGUGCUUCCGGGCUGGCAUGAAGAAGGAAGCUGUGCAAAAUGAGCGGGACCGGAUCAGCACUCGCCGGUCAAGCUAUGAGGACAGCAGCCUGCCCUCCAUCAGCGCAUUGCUGCAGGCCGAGGUCCUGUCCCAGCAGAUCACCUCCCCUGUCUCCGGGAUCAACGGAGACAUUCGGGCGAAAAAGAUCGCCAGCAUCGCAGACGUGUGCGAGUCCAUGAAGGAGCAGCUGCUGGUGCUCGUUGAGUGGGCCAAGUACAUUCCUGCUUUCUGCGAGCUCCCUCUGGACGACCAGGUGGCCCUGCUCAGAGCCCAUGCUGGUGAACACCUGCUGCUCGGAGCCACCAAGCGGUCCAUGGUGUUCAAGGACGUUCUGCUUCUAGGCAAUGACUACAUCGUCCCUCGGCACUGCCCAGAGCUGGCAGAGAUGAGUCGGGUGUCCAUGCGCAUCCUCGAUGAGCUGGUGCUGCCCUUCCAGGAGCUACAGAUCGAUGACAACGAGUACGCCUGCCUCAAAGCCAUCAUCUUCUUUGACCCAGAUGCCAAGGGGCUGAGCGACCCGGGCAAGAUCAAGCGGCUGCGCUCCCAGGUGCAGGUGAGCCUGGAGGACUACAUCAAUGACCGCCAGUACGACUCCCGCGGCCGCUUCGGUGAGCUUCUGCUCCUGCUGCCCACCCUGCAGAGCAUCACCUGGCAGAUGAUCGAGCAGAUCCAGUUUAUCAAGCUCUUCGGCAUGGCCAAGAUCGACAACCUGCUGCAGGAGAUGCUGCUGGGAGGGUCCUCCAGUGAUGCACCUCAUGCCCAUCAUCCCCUGCACCCACAUCUGAUGCAGGAACACAUGGGCACGAAUGUCAUUGUUGCCAACACGAUGCCCUCUCAUCUCAGCAAUGGACAGAUGUGUGAGUGGCCCCGACCCAGGGGGCAAGCAGCCACCCCUGAGACUCCACAGCCCUCACCGCCAGGUGGCUCGGGGUCUGAGCCCUACAAGCUCCUGCCAGGAGCAAUUGCCACUAUUGUCAAGCCCCCCUCUGCCAUUCCCCAGCCGACCAUCACCAAGCAGGAAGUCAUCUAGCAAGCCGCGGGGGGUCGGGGGCUCUGCUGGCCUCCCAGCCCCCUCAGAGAGCCCCGGUGGUCUCUUGUUCCCAGUGAAGGAAGCUGUGACAACAAGGCCAGUCUCAGGGCAGCAGUGGAAAGGGCAAAGGGACCAAGAACUUGGGCUGUGGGCCACAUCCCAUUGCUACCCUCCACCCCCUGCUCUGGAUGACAGGGCUCUGACUUGGGGAGACCCCAGAUGGAAAAUCCUCUGCUGCCUUGGACAACUCUUCUCUUGCUGAAGCCACUGCCUUCCCCUUCAUCAUACCUACCCCCAACUUCUUCAGCCCCAAAGGACAGCUGUCUGGAGACGACAUGGGACCUUGCUUAAUAGCUCCCUUCCCCUUCAGACUGGUACUUCUUUCUCCAAGUACUGUCCUAGUCCCCAGACACUGAGCCCUUCAAGGCUGGGUCAGAUCGGGGCAUCUGACCCCUCCCUGUUCUGCUGCCCCAAUCUCCAAUGCUUCUCUCCACCUGCCACUCUCACCUUCCUCAGCCAUCCUAAUUUCUCCACAGCCACCUCUCCAGGGGCUGAAGAAGACUUGCAAACAGUCCCCCAGUCAUUCCAGGAGCAUUUUAAAAGGCUAGCUGGGCUAGGCACAGUGUGGGACUGUUGAGAAGGAAGACACCAUUCCACCUCUAACCCAUGGCUCUUCCCUUCCUAGGGAAUCGGGCGGGUACUCGGGGUGAUGCUCUCCACAGACUGUCAACAACGAGAGGACAACCCAAGGUGGACAAUUGCAACAGGAACUUGGAGGGGCUGAAGUGGUCAGAGAAAGUUCGGGGAAAGGGGCAGACUCUGCAUUAGGCCUUUAAGGAAGGGCUGGAUUCCAGCCAGCGGAGCAGGUGAGAAGGACUUUCCAAGGAGGGGCAAACAGUCUGGUAAGGCCCCAGGUUGGAAGAAGGGCACAGGGGGGAGGUGAUGGAAAGACCAGGCUGUUUGGAGCAGCAUAGGAGCCUUGAAUGCCAGGACUGAGGCACUGAGGUUUGGGAGUAGCUAGGGAGGAUGCGCAGUGAGCCGGGAGGGAGCAGGGAGAUCAGAUGGGGGGCUGGUGAUGUGAUCCAGGUGAGAGUGAGGAGACCUGGAGAUGAAGAUGGAUGGGUGCGAGCUCAGCUCAGAAGGAUGUCAGGGAGGAAUUACCCCCGUCCUGGGCCUCUCUCAAACUCUGCCUCAUUUCUGGCGCUGUGUUAAGGCACUUGACAUGCAUCAUCUCAUUGCAUCUUCUCUAUUACCCAGAGACUGUUGCAGAAGAUGAAAUUGAGGUCUAAGUGGUUAAGUGAUUUUCCUAGAACUCACACAGCUAGUAAGUGGCUGAGUCAGGAUUGGAUCCCAGGUCUGCCUGGAUCAUAAUAGGAGUUCUUAACCAGGGUGGCUGAGCAUCUCUGAAAGGGCCCCUCUGUCCUCACUGUGAGCCAGUUGAUGGACUUCCUGCCCCUGUCAUCAGCCUCAGAAGCCAAAGUCUUAUUCUUCCCAGGGGCCCUGCCCACACCCAGGACUAAGAUUGGCUUGGAGUUAUACUGAUGUCUGGGUAGGGUCCAGCAUCCUG